GACGUUCCUUUACAGCCAAAUUCUGUCAAGUACCCUUCCGUCAGGAUGGACACCAGCUUCCCACAAAACUGACCAAAAUGUUUUUUUGACUAAGUGAAAGGAAGGAAAUCUGUUAGCCUGCAUGGUGGCUAAGAAUAAUUCUAAAGAAAAAGUCUCUGAGCGAGAGACAUGGUGGAGAAGCUCGCUAACAGAAUCUCCUGUUCCUGGCACCUAUCAUAUCCGAAGCUUUAUUGAAGAUGCAGCGAUGAAUCCUGUGAGGAAAACCUAUGGCUUCAAAGGGGAAGGCAGGAAGAAAUACGCCGGCGUCAUUCGAAAAGGAGAUCUUUUACUUCCUGGUGCCUAUGCUUAUGCUGAUUUUAUACAAAAUGCUGAAAAACAUCGUGUCACUUACUCUUUCCGGAGCUGCACCAGGUCAAAGUGCCCAAUAGUAGGCGUCACAGAUAAGGAUGUCAAUAUUUCCCCUUGCCAGUAUAAUCUAAUGGAAAAGCCAGUAAUCAAGACUCCUUGCAAGCAUGUGAUGUUUCGCUCUGCAGUACAGCGUUUUCCAACUAUUUACUUUGCGCCAAAGGAAGGUCCUGCACCUGGCCAGUAUGAUGUCAGAGUUGAACAGACACAUCCCAACAUCACUUCCUGCUUCCGGUCAGCAGUGCCCCGUCUACCAAGUACCCGCUCAAAAAACCCUGGUCCUGGGACCUACGAGCCAAUGAAGCAAAUGCCAGUCCAGCCCAUUACCGUGACUGCUAUGGGACGUUUGCAUGGAUUAUUCUUCCGCAACUCCUUUGAGUUUUAAAUUUUAAGGAGAAAUUAGGCAAUCUAAUUGUUUUCAUGCUCAGGAUUUUACUGACUGCCUGUUAUGCUGCCCCAAGUCAUUGUGUAGUCAGACAGAUUUUAGGGAUAUGUGCUCUUAGCCUUUACUCUCCUUAUCAUAUUCUGCCAAUAUGGCUAUGCAAACUGAAGACAAAGAAGUCUGAUUUUCUGUUUGUGUGUGUGUGUGUGUGUGUGGUAGAAAUAUUAUUUUCUGUCAUGGUACAACCCAAUUUGGUAAAAUAAUGUUGUUUAUUCAAAGAAACUGCAAAAUCACUUAAGGCAAGUGGGAAGCCAUACAGUAUAUGAGCAUUGUAUAUCAAGCACAAAAUACUAUUACAGUAUUUUAGGUAGAUUUGAUUUCUCAGUGUUUCUGUUCUUCAGUUUCACCCUGAAUUGCUAUGGUCAGCUGUUGAUGGAGCAAGAACAUUUGUUUCAUUAAAAAAAAAUUCAAAUGACUCUUAACUUAGACUAUGUAUUUGAAAGAUGUGUUCCUGUGUCAGUGAUGUAAUGAAUUCAAAUGAUAAAUGGCCAAAUCAUUUGAAUCAAAACACCUAGCAAAUCACAAACGCAUUUCACAAAUGUAAAUGUAUUUAUUUAAAGAGAGGACUGCUAGGUGAGGUCGCACACAUUGAGUCAGUACUGGGGAUUGAAUUGGCAGCCUUGUUUUUAUAUUAUUAUGCCUUUGCCACAGGUCUGCACUGCCUGCAAAUGGAGGGAUGAAACAUGCAAGUCAACAUUUCACUGUAGUC